CCAUCUCCCCCUUUCUCUCUCCCUCCUCUUCUUCCUCUUCACACUCCCUCCUCGCCCGUACGAAACCCUAGGCUCCGCCGCACCAAAACCCCCGCGGCCGCCGGAGACACGGCGCUUCCGGUGGCGCGCCCAUGGCCCCCGCCGUGCUGGACCCGGACGCCGGUGACCUUCCGGCCCGCGGAUCCGCCGCCGCCGCCGACGACAUCGCCGGCAACACGUGGGACCUCGCCCCCUUCUCCCCGCCGCCCGCGGCCCUCCGCGGCGGCGAGAUUUUCAUCUACCGCAACACGUACAACCUCGUCCCGCGCUCCAUCGGCGAGUGCCGCCGCGGGGGCCUCAGGGCGCUCAAAUUCUUCGGCAACGAUGUGGAGGUGCUGCCCCCGGAGGCCGGGGAGCUGGACGCGCUCGAGAGCCUCCAGGUCAAGGUGUCCGCGCCCAGGGUAUCUGGCGCGGUGCUCCGCCGGAUGCGGGCGCUUAGGGAGCUUGAGCUGUCCAUGGUGCCGCCCAGACCGUCCGCGUGCUCCAUACUGGCCGAGAUCGCCGGGCUCAAGUGCCUCACCAAGCUCGCCAUUUGCCACUUCUCCAUUAGGUUCCUCCCCCCUGAGAUUGGCUCCCUCAGGAAGCUCCAAGAACUUGAUCUGUCUUUCAACAAGCUGAAGAACUUACCUAACUGUAUAACUGAGUUGGGUGCCCUGAAAUUUCUCAAAGUGACUAAUAAUAAGUUGGUAGAUUUACCAUCAGGAAUUUCCUCUUUGAGAUGUCUUGAAAGCCUUGACUUAUCAAACAACAGAUUGACUUCCCUUGGAUCAGUUAAACUCGUUUCUAUGCUUACACUGCAGUAUCUUAAUCUUCAGUUUAAUAGGAUUUCCCAUACUUUAAUCGUCCCCUCAUGGAUAUGCUGCGACAUGAGGGAAAAUGGAGAAAAUGCUGUGAAGCGUGACAGGCUACAAUAUCUAGGUAUUUCAAGCGUUAGUAGUUCAGCAGAACCUGGAACUGCGAGUUGUGCUUGCAAUGGUGCGCUCUCAUGCUCACAUACAGAAACUUCCCCAAAUUUAAAAGCUCACGCCACACAGAAAAUGAAGAAGGGUUGGAAGCGACGGGAUUGCCUGCAACAGCAAGCUCGUCAGGAGCGCUUAGACUCAAGCAGGAGCAAGCUCAGCGAAAAUGAUGUUGAAGAAAUGGCUGUGAACAUGACUGAAGAUGAAUGCCUUUCGAGUUUGCAUGAUAUUGAAAACAAGCCAGUGAUGAAAGGCAUUGCUGAAGACACUUCAGUACAGGAUUUGUUGAAAGAAACAAGUUCUGAAGACCUGUCUUGUAUAGUUGAUUAUGACUCAGAUGGGCUUAUAAAAGACACUGGCAUGAUGCUCCAGGACCACCAUGACAACGGUUCUGGUAUAGUCACUGACCCUGCUUGUUUGAGCAGGAGCAGCAUCCAUAAUAUUGAAAAUGAGCUAGAGGAUACUGCUUCAUCAACCUGCAAAGUUGUUCAUGUUGUUGAAGAGAACCCUUCAGAGACAUCUAAGUUUACAUCGAAAUCUAAACGGCAUCCCGACAUGGACAACAAUCCUAAACCCAGCAAAUGCCCGAGACCCAUUGAUGAAUGCUCAAAGUUAUCCUAUAAGUACAGUGUCGAAUCAUUUUGCAGCAUAGAUGACCAUCUACCAGAUGGCUUUUAUGAUGCAGGAAGAGAUAUGCCCUUCAUGCCAUUAGAGGAGUAUGAACGGAGUCUUGGGCUAUAUGCGCGUGAGGUUAUUCUUUUGGACAGGGAAAAAGAUGAAGAAUUGGAUGCGAUUGCUUCUUCAGCACAACUACUGUUAUCUAGUUUGAAGAGACCAGUUUUUUCUGAAACAGAUGAAGAUGCCGGUCAGGACCUACUAAGGGCAUCAGUUCUUGCUUUAUUUGUCUCUGACUGCUUUGGAGGCUGUGACCGAAGUGCUUCUCUUAGGAUAACACGGAGAGCUAUUGUUAGCUUGAGGAAGGAACAGCCUUUCAUUUGUACUUGCUCUGCUGGAAACAUGUGUUACAGCAAUGAAUCAUCAAAGCAGAUCAAUACUCCUAUGGGGCACUUUGAUUUUACUGGACUUUGCGAUAAAUCAAUACGUAUUAUCAAGGAAAGGAGAAAUUCAGGCAUUGUACCCAUAGGGGCGCUGCAGUUUGGUGUUUGUAGGCACCGAGCUGUCCUAAUGAAGUACUUGUGUGACCGGGCGGAUCCUCCAAUUCCUUGUGAGCUUGUGAGGGGGCAUCUUGACUACACACCUCAUGCUUGGAAUGUUGUCCCUGUUAGACAAGGGAACAUCUGGGUAAGGAUGAUUGUUGAUGCAUGUUACCCCACCAACAUAAAGGAAGAGACAGAUCCAGAGUACUUUUGCAGGUAUGUUCCCCUCAGUCGACUUCACCUUGCCCUUGAUGAUGAAAGCUACACACCUCGGUCCUCCUUCCCUUCUGUCUCACUAUGCAAAGAAAUUGAAGCUACAGCUUCUAGUGCUGUAUAUCACUGCAAAAUUGGGGCCGUUGAUGCUGCAGCUAAGAUACGGUACUUAGAUACCCGUAGUGCUUCUAAUGAUGAAGUUAAAAACUUUGAAUACAAACUUCUUGGGGAAGUGCGAAUGCUGAAUGCUCUGAGGAAACACAGAUCCAUAGUGGAUAUAUAUGGUCACCAACUUUCUUCUAAAUGGGUUCAGAAUGAUAGUGAUAAAGAGUACAGAAUAAUGCAGUCUAUAAUUUUAAUGGAGUAUGUGAAAGGAGGUUCUCUGAAGGCCUUCUUGGCAAAACUACUGAAAAAUGGCGAGAAGCAUGUACCUAUUGACCUGGCAUUUUACAUUGCUCGAGAAGUUGCGUGUGCAUUGUUGGAGCUGCACAGGAAGCUAGUUAUUCACCGGGAUAUAAAAAGCGAGAAUGUUUUGGUUGAUCUGGAUUCGAAGGGUCAUGGCGCACCGGUAGUCAAACUCUCUGAUUUUGACAGAUCCAUUCCUUUGCAUUCAUUGUCCCAUACAUGCUGUAUAGCUCACCUUGGCACAUAUCCACCCAAUGUUUGUGUCGGGACACCAUGUUGGAUGGCUCCAGAAGUUGUUCAGGCCAUGCACGAAAAGAUCCAAUAUGGGCUGGAAGUGGAUAUCUGGUCAUUUGGAUGUUUUAUAUUGGAGAUGCUUACACUUCAUAUACCCUACCAGGGACUACCAGAUUCACAAAUAUAUGAUCUCAUAAAGAGGAAGAAACAAAGGCCCAGGCUGACUCGAGAAUUAGAAGCUUUCUGGACAAUGGACGAGCCAAUUACAAGGCUGAAUUUGGGGAUCACUUGUGAUGCUCAUGCCGAGAAACUAAGACUUCUAAUUGAUCUCUUCUACAAGUGCACCAGGGGAAUUGCAUCAAGGCGCCCCAAAGCUGAGCAGAUUUACAAUUUGCUUUGCUCCUUACCGACAUGCUAUGAUCUGAGCUGAACCUGAGGAUUCUGAAUCAGAAAUCUGAUGGUGAGACAGCCUGCCAGACCGGCACAGGUCAGGACAGAUUCUGGACGGUUAUAGCAGGUCACCAGAUCUAGCCAGUUUGGCUGUUUCGAAGUCGGGACAGAUUCUGGACGGUUAUAGCAGGUCACCAGAUCUAGCCAGUUUGGCUGUUUCGAAGUUGUAACGUCUACAUUUUACUGAUGCUGAUCCGGGGUGAGAGCAAAGGCAGGGUGUCAGGACGCGAGAAGUAGGACCAAGAUGGUGGCAAAUAUAUGUCUCUGAAGAUCCUCCUGAUUCAGUUUUGCGGUUCACCUGCUGUAGCAGUCUUCAUCUCAUCAUGUGUGUAUCAUGUAAUUUUGUUCUUUAUUUAAUUUUUCCAAUUUUCCAUUAUUUAUAAGUUAAUCAGUGGCGUCUAAGUUAUCCAUUUGGGUCUGUAUGUACAAUUUUCGGUCCAGCUGUGAUCCAUGUAACCCCCCUGGGACAAUGAGUUAUGUAACAGUGUAACACACGGAUACAAUAUGUCGGCGAGGCUGCGUGUUCUCUCAUUGCCCUACUACAAUUGUUGUCCGUGGAA